UCUUGACUCGGUCUGUCUUGGUCUUAGUCUUGGCCUUGAUACCCUCUGGUCUUGGUAGUGUCUUGGUUUUGGUUUAGGUGGUCUUGACUACAAGUCUACUGGUAAGUGAGCUAAUGAUCACAGAUCUUGUUAAGGAUGACCCUAGCAAGGACCUUACCUGGAACUGAGAACAAUGUUAUCCCUCUUUAGUUGCCGCAAUCCAGGCAAUAACCCUUCCCUUUCCAGGUAGGGACUAGAAGUCCCAUUUUCCAAUCAGUUGGGAUGACGCCUGACUCCCAAAUAGAAGCAAAGAUUACCUGCAAUGCCAGGAGGGCAGCCUUACCACCAGCCUGGAUACACUCCGGAUACCACAGAUCCCUGUGGCCUUCUCUGCCCCUAGCUGGUUCAUCACCUGUGCAAUCUCAGUGAGACUGGGUGAUUCACAGCUAAUCGGAGGAUCAGCCCCAAGAACCAUAGACCCAGAGACGUACAACAUCCUAGGCGGAGGGUCAGCUUUAAACAGCUGCUCAAAGUAGCCUGCCGAGUGGGUCACAACUGCAGUGUCAUCCGUAAGAACCGUUCCAUCACCUACUCUGACUUUGACUGUCUGAGGAACAGAUCUGGAUACGCAUAAUGCUUAAAUUCCUCUGUAAACUGGAUGUGGGUUGUUGGAUCACAGGUGGUAUGCCACUUGUUCUGACAAACACCUCCUUAUGCCCUUGCAGCCAUACGUCUCACUUCCCAGUACAGACUGGGGGAAUCCCAGUUAAAAAUUCCUUGAACUGCUUUUGCUGCCCAGUUUAAAACUUUUGUUCGAAAAGUAAUCCAAAACAUGAUCAAAUGUAAUAAGUUGCAUUACUUUGAUGAAGUAAUCAAAACAGUUAAUUACUUAUUACAUAUCUAACAGGCUAACUAGUAAUCUGUAACCUAUUAUAUUUAAAAAGUAACCUUCGCAGCACUGUUCAUACCUAUUUCACUAGAAAUAGCAAAACAACUAACUGGUAAGUGUAUCGUAUUAAAAUUUGAAAUACUGAAAAUAAAAUAAUACACACCGCACUCCCUCCCCAAACAACCUAUAUCUCAGCUGGGUUUCAUACUCCCUUUAUGAAAUUACCAUUUAAAUUCUGAAACUUCCCAUAAGGAGUAGAUAUCUUUUAGUUGCAUUUUAGUAGCUUUUAUCAGAGAUAACUUUUGGUACGUUUUGACAGAUUCAACUUAAUAUGUUCUAACAUGUUUAGAGGAACCCUGUGUUAAUAAUAGUAAAAAUAUUCCGUACAAAACAAAAUGUUCUGUUUUGUUAAUUUUUCAACACGUGAAAGUAGUGGACAAGUAUGGUGUCAAUAUACCCCACAAUACACUGACACUGUCCCCUGAAACUUUCUUGCUCACAGAUCUAUAAAUCUUACCAUUUUAAUUUUCACCGAGGUAAUGUAGAAUGCAAGUGAUUUCAUUUGUUCACGUUUUGUUUUACAAAGCCAAAUUUCUGUUAACUACAGAAAUAAGGACUACAUUAUCUUUUAAACUACACAUCUAGACAGACUGAUAAAGUUUAGCAAAGGUCACGUUAAUUCUAUUCUCCACAAAUGGAUCCAAAUAUUUCUGAUGUGAAUUUUAUACUGGGCUCAAAGUACUGAUCUUUCUCUAAACUAAAUUGCAGUAGUGCUGUAAAAGUCGUCUUUGUAAGUCAUUUUUAUCUUGACCAUGCGUGACUUUGCUGUAUUAUGGUACGGUAAUUACAUGUCCCCAACCGUGAAUGCAUUAUGCCACUAUGAACAAUUUAUUUUCUCCUUUCACGCAGGAGAAGCGCUUUUUGUGUUUGACAGCUGUGGACACAUGACUGCGACUCCCUAUUGCUAAUUAACAUAUCACUGAGUUAUGUUUAACCCGGGCAGGGUAUGAACAGAGAUAAAACACCUUUUCCUUUCCCACGCCAGACCUUCAUCUGUUUGGAUAUUUCCGCAGUGCCUAUCCGUGCCUCACUAAUUCUCUUUCCUCAGAUUUCUCCACCUUAUUUGAAGAGUCUGGUGAUUGAAGAUAAAGCUUUUUGUUUCCAGGGAGAUCUGCCUUAGUGGCCCCUAAUCAACUUCACCAUGAUGCAGUAUGAGGAUCCGAAUGAUCUGAAGGAUCCGAAGACUCAGAAGCGGUAUUGCAUGCAAGGCAAGCAUGUAGCUAUCAUCUGCGCUGUGGUGGUCGUCUUGACUGUAACAGUGGGCCUGGCGGUGGGCCUCACCAGCUCCUGCCGCCCCUCAGAGGAGGGGAUGCCCACACUGCCGCCAACCCCGGAGGAACGUGGCCCGUGCCGGGCCUCCAAUGACACCAGCGGAAACUGGACGAACUUCCGGCUGCCCAGCUAUGUGAUCCCGGAGCACUACGACCUCCAUAUGGAACCCGACCUGGAAGCAGACAGCUACACUGGCACCGUCUCAGUGACCGUGCGCAUCACCAGUCCCACUCGCCACCUAUGGCUCCACAUACGAGAGACUUUCGUCCGCUCCCCCCCACGGCUGCAGAAGACCAGUCCCAGCAGCCAGAGUGAUGUGGCCCUGAGGGGCUGUUUUGAAUUCAAGCCCCAGGAGUACGUGGUGGUGGAGGCGGCAGAUGAGCUGCCGGUCACUGGCCCUGACGAGUAUUAUGUGCUGACACUGGACUUUCAAGGCUGGCUUAACGGGUCCCUGGUGGGCUUCUACAGAACAACCUACCAAGAGAAUGGGGUGACCAAAAAAAUUGCUGCCACUGACCAUGAGCCAACAGACGCCCGCAAGUCCUUCCCAUGCUUUGAUGAGCCGAACAGAAAGGCCACGUUCACCAUCUCCAUUACCCACGACAGAGCUUACAGCGCGCUCUCCAACAUGCCCAUCCAGAAAACGGAGGAAGUCCCUGGCAACAAGAUUAAGUCAUCCUUUGAAAAGUCAGUACCCAUGAGCACCUAUCUGGUCUGCUUUGCUGUGCAUCAGUUUGUGUCUGUGGAACGAAAUUCUUCACGUGGAAUUCCAUUGCGUAUCUAUGCCCAGCCAUUGCAAAUCAAUACAGCAAAUUAUGCUGCAGAUACCACGAAGAUAAUAUUUGACUAUUUUGAGACAUACUUCAACAUGAAAUACUCCAUGCCCAAGCUAGACAAGAUAGCCAUCCCAGACUUUGGCACAGGGGCCAUGGAGAACUGGGGGCUCAUCACCUACAGAGAGGCGAACCUCUUGUAUGAUGAAAAAGAUUCAUCAUCCUACAACAAACAGCGUGUGGCCAGUGUUAUCGCCCAUGAGCUGGUUCACCAGUGGUUUGGCAACAUUGUCACAAUGGAUUGGUGGGAUGAUCUCUGGCUCAAUGAAGGCUUUGCCAGUUUCUUCGAAUAUGUUGGAGUGAACAUAGCAGAGCCAACAUGGGAAAUGCGUGACAUUAUGCUAAUCGACGACGUCCUACCUGUCAUGGUUGACGAUGCACUUCUCUCGUCUCACCCAAUCAUCGUGAAUGUGUCGAGUCCAGCUGAGAUCACAUCAGUGUUUGACGGUAUAUCAUACAGCAAGGGGGCUUCUAUUUUGAGGAUGCUGGAAGAUUUAAUGGGCUAUGAUAUUUUCAGGCAAGGUUGUCAGCAAUAUCUACAAGACUUUAAGUUUAAGAAUGCUAAAACGUCUGAUUUUUGGGCUACUUUAGCAAAGGUUAGUGGAUUACCUGUAGCAGACAUCAUGGACACAUGGACCAAACAGAUGGGCUACCCUGUGGUGGACGUCACCAUAGUUGGGACACAAGCCACACUAACGCAACAGCGCUUCCUGCUGGAUCCCAAUGUAGAUCCCUCUCAGCCACCUGUCCCGCUGAGCUACAAAUGGACCAUCCCUAUUAAAUGGGAAGCUACCGACAGUAAGAAGUAUGAUAGCACAAUAUUUGAUAAAGCAAAUACAGAUUUAAUUCUGCCUGACUAUACAAAUGCAGAUGGACUAAUAAAAUUAAACAAAGGUCACAUGGGCUUCUACAGGACCAACUACAAUAGCAACAUAUGGGAUAGCGUGAACCAGUAUCUUACCACAAAUCAUUCGGUAUUUACAGCAGUGGACAGGUGUGGCUAUAUUGACGACAUAUUUGCUCUGGCUCGGGCAGAUGUUGUGGACUAUGGGGCCGCCUUCAAUCUGACUAAAUACUUGAGUAGUGAGAAGGACUACAUCGUUUGGGCGCGAGUGGCAUCCUCAAUCUCAUACUUGCAGGACAUGCUGAUGGAUGAUGAUGAUCUCUACCCUAAAUUUCAGAAACAUUUCCGUGAUCAAGUUCUGACUGUGGUCAGAGAGCUAGGCUGGACGGACACUGGAAGUCAGAUUGAGAGACUCCUGAGAGAGACUGUCCUGGGAAUCGCCUGUGCAAUGGGUGAUGAAGAAUCUCUUAAUAUGUCCUCCACUUUGUUCACACAGUGGCUUAACGACAAAAUUAGUCUAGGUGUCAAUCUUCGCCUUUUGGUUUAUCGUUAUGGUAUGAAGAAUUUGGGCGAUGAGGCAUCGUGGACCAAAAUGUUUGACCUGUACCAGAAAGCGACUUUGGCCCAGGAGAAGGAGAAGCUGCUGUAUGGGCUGGCAUCAGUGGAGAAUGUGUCACUGUUAGACCAGUUGCUUGAGGCAACAAAAGAUGAGAAGAUAAUCAGAAGUCAGGAUGUGUUUACCGUGAUCAGAUACAUUUCUCUGAACAAAUAUGGGAAGACGAUGGCGUGGGACUGGGUCAUACUGAAUUGGGAGUAUCUUGUCAACCGGUACACCAUCAAUGACAGGAAUCUGGGUCGUCUUGUGGCCAGGAUCACCCCAACAUACAAUACAGAGCUCCAACUCUGGCAGAUGCAGAAAUUCUUCCAGCAGUAUCCUGAGGCAGGGGCGGGGGAGUCCUCCAGACUGCAGGCUGUGGAGACAGUGAGGAGUAACAUAGACUGGGUGAAGAGAAACAAGGCUGAGAUCAACCAUUGGCUCAACAGCAAUGUGGCUUAUUAACUGAUGUACGUCAUACAUGCUAAACCGACAGAUUUCCCAUUCUUAAUGUAUGGAACUUAGUUAAACUAACUUAAUUUCUGUUCAUACAGUAUGUAGUAAAUCCGUUCCAGCUUGGUAUUUUUUCCCAUACACUGAACAUAAAGGAUUGCCAUGAUAUUCUGAAGUUUAAACCUUUACCUGUGGAGAUCCAAUUCCAUUUGCAACUUUAAAAUGUAUAAAGUGAGUCUAAGUUAAAGCCAUAUUCUCAUUGCUAACACAGAGUCUGCAAUCAGGUUAAAAAAAAUAGCAAAAUGAUAUCAUUAUUUUUGCUCAUGAUUGAUUGUAUGAACUUGCAUUAGUAUGAAAUAUUUUAUCACUUUUUAAAAUUAAAUAAUACAAGUGUGAUUUUUUUUAUUCUUCCAUCAUGGACAAAGACCUCAUGAGCAGACCUGAAAAGUCUUCAGUCAUACAUAACUGCCCCCUUACCAACAGAUUGUCACAAACUGGUGUUGAACUAUCUCUUCUUUAGCUAGAAAACUGCUAUUUUUGGCAUUUUUUAAUGUUUUUAGAAACACUGGCAGCAUAAAACAGUGUCAAUGCCCAGUUCAUAUAUCUUAUGGUAGAUUUCUAGCAUUUAACUAAAUGUACAAGAUCUAAAAUUAAAUUACCUUCACCCGAUUCUUUCCUAACGACGAGUGAAACUGACGAAUAUUGCACCGCCGGGCCGACCGAGGCAUCGCAAGCACAACGAAGAAAAACGAGCCUUGUCGUCGGGAUAGGACACACUUUCAGUUACAGUGCUGAACAGUAAUGUAACAGGCACCCACUAAACUCAGUAGGAAAACACAGGGAGGCCAGACCAUCUGGUACACAUGCGGUGGGUAAUUUACACAAUGUUAAAUUCAUGCGAGGAUCGCACAGGGUGCACAUAAAACACGGGCAAACACAAUAAUGAAAUACAACUAUAAUUAUAACUACAACAACAAUACAACAGGGGCUAUUUACAACUGCACGCAGAGCAUGAAGGGACAUUAUAGCCCCGAAGGCGGUACACUAUGUAAUAUCGAAGCCUUGCGAAGCCCUGGAGGCUUUCGCCAAAUUGUGCUGGAAAUGUGUUUCAUAGCUUUUUUUUUUAGUUCAAGUGCGACAUCUAGUGGCCAUACACAAUAUUGCAACUUUUUGUCAAAUACGUAGUAUCGUGUGCUUAUACAACUUUUGCAAUUUACAAAUAUUCAUAUUAAUUUAUGCAUAAUGUUAUUGUUCUCAUAUCACAAAAUUGUUGUGAAUAAAGAAUGUUACAAAUUAUUUGUAAUGUCAUAUUAGUUUAAUUUAAUAAGCUAAUAAUUUAAUGUCCUAUUUAUGAAUUAUGCUUAUGUGAUAUGAACUGUGGGUUUGAGGUAUGCGAUUGUGUACAACUCGUCAGUCUCACCAGCCUUAGAGAAAAUCCUUUCGCAGGGGACAGAGGAUAUAGAUGUGCACAAGUAGUAAAUUGCCAGUUUGAAUUGGUUGGGAAA